AUGUUUGCUAAACUCAUAGUUAUAUUGUUUUACGUACAGUAUGUAUUAUUAUUAACGAAUUGCCAAGAAGUAGCGAAGUUCUUCCGCAAAGACUACGACUACAUUGAUAGCACAAAGUCUUUUUACAAAAUCCAUACGAUACAUCGAACUUGGGAAGAUGCUAAGGAAAUGUGUGACUUUGAAGGGAGCACGUUGUUUUAUCCAUACGAUGAAGAUGAAGCCAGAGCAGUCAUAAAUUACUGGAACCAGACGCAACCGUUCUCGUGGAUAUUUAUAGGAGUAUCAACACCCAAUGCUAGGGAAGUUUUUGAAACUGUAGACGGUUUAUCUAUAUCUCAAGUAUAUGACGCUUGGGGCCCGGGGGAACCUAGCGACGCCGGCGGGAUCGAAGACUGUGUAGUUCUGAGAAACGACGGAAUUCUCAUUGAUGAUCAGUGUACCAGAAAAUUGCCAUUCAUUUGUAAGAAAACGUUAAGUACUUUGGAAUGGAACAAGCUCUGUGAUUUACCUGAUAUGGAUGAAUCGUUAAGACGGAGCGGGUAUACCAAAUGGGGAGUGGGUCAGCCGGAUGGAAAGGGUAAAGAAACAUGUGGCUCAAUGUUCUUCAAUGGAAAACUGAAUGACAUAUCCUGUGACCAAAGAUGUUUCUUUAUUUGUGAACACGAACCCCCCACCUUAACGACGGAAUACGACUUCAGGUUUGGUCGCCCUAAUUAG